UUACAACACUAAUAUAUAAGCUUCGUUAUAUCAUAUCCAAUUCACUUUUAGUUUUUUUUUUUAUUUAAAUAUGCUACGUAAAAUAUUGUGCUCAACAAAUGCAUGCCGAUUGGUUUCAAUUCGAUGCACUAACAGUCGGGGCAGUUCUUUGGACAUACAACAGUGCAAUGUAAUUGAUUAUGAUGAUCCUCAACACUUGCCUCAGCCGGAGUAUCCAAUGCGUCCUAAUGAACCACUGACGACACGCAAGCAACGCUUAAUAUACCAGUCCCGUAAACGGGGCAUGUUAGAGAAUGAUUUGAUCUUGAGUUCCUUUGCGGCCAAGUACCUCCAAAAUUUUAACGCGUCGCAAACGGCCCAGUACGACGAACUUAUCAAUGGCGUUAGUAAUGACUGGGAGAUUUACUAUUGGGCCACAGGGACGAAGCCAGCGCCGCCACAAUUCGACACAGAAAUAAUGCAAUUGUUAAAAGAGCAUGUAAAGAAUGUGGAACGGGUGCAACGGCUUAGACAGCCAAACUUACAUUAAGUAAAAAUCCUGUUGAACUUGUUAUCAUCAAACACAUACAUAUGUAUACAUAUAUUUUUGAACGGUUAUCCAAUGAUGUAUGUUUAUAUAUAUGUAUGUUAUGUAGUUCUAUAUAAAAUUAGUAAAUAUAUGCCUUAUAGACUACAUCAAAUAUUACACUUAAAACAUGCAUUUAAUUUGCAUGUCUUAUGAAAAAUUCAUCAAAAUAUAUGUAAUUUUGCACAAAAAAGAUUAAUCCUUGUGUAUUUUCCAAAAUACAUAAAUGUAAAUUUUUUAAA